AUGCUAAUUGUUUUAGCGCUGAUCGGUUGGUCAGCUGCGAGCAUGGCCUCCGCGAUGCAUGAAAAAGACAUGCGCACCACCUACGACUAUACUACAUUGAAUACUACUUACACCCUAGACUCGGUCUCAGACGCGAACAUGGCAUCGAAUUACUUUGACAACAAUCUCGAUGAGAGAACAGUUGAUAUUGAAGGCAUACUGAGGAAGUUCAGACCAGAUAUGUUUGAAAAUCUAAAUGAAAUUGAGAAGAAUGACAAGAUUAAGUUAAUUAAUGACAUCAAGAUCGGGUAUUUUAAAGUAAAAGACAGUCCCAAUAUAUUGAAAGGCAAAGUCUUUGCUGCCUGGAUGGACUACAUAGGAAAGUUGUUACCAGGUCAAGAAGAUAAGGUGAUAUUCGAGGUAUUGGCAAGUCAUUUCUUAUACGAUCAUGUUCUCGCCAGUGCUCUACUUUUGGCAAUAAAUUUACGGACCAAUGGAAAGAUUGCUAACAAAUUGCUAGACCUCCAGAUCGAAUAUUGGGAAAGCAGCAAUCUAAAUAAGGACGAAGUAUAUAAGCUUUUGGAGCUCGGCAAGACGAAUGACCCUUUGAAAAGCCCACUCUUUUUUCAUUGGGUCAACUUUGUCGAAAAGAAACUAAAGCUGUUCCCGAAAGAGGCAUACAAGGUGAUGCUCGAGCAUUUAUUAUCUAAUUACAAGAGCAUGAAUGCUCUGAUAAGUGCGCUAGUUGGCGCGCUAGUUACCCCUCGUUUGGGAGUUACUGCCCGAAACUUACUUAAUUACCAGUUCGUCAAGUGGAAAGAAGGUGAGACUUCUGCGGCCGACGUUUUCAGAAUUUUGGAUCUCCACCUGAUAGAGAGCGGACUUUUCGAUAACCCGGUCUUCUCCGCGUGGGUCCACUACGUCAGGUCAAUAUCGUCGCAUGAUAAAGAAGCAACUAAGACGAUGCUCUUUGUUCUUAAACUUGUCUACAAGGAAAAUCUGGACCGGGUUCUAAAUGAGGGAAGCACGGCAUCGACCAAAUGGAUAAAAUCUCUAGCUACAAAACUGCAACAAGCCUUGAAAAAAUUAUAA